AAGUGAGAGCGUACAUGCAAGAGUGCUGUACGAUAAAACUGCUGGUUUUAGGCUUUAUCGCAUAAAGUAACCGCAACAGUUCUUCAAAAUGGCUCCCAUGUUCCCUGAUGAAGUUAAUGUAUUCCUAGUACCGCAUUCCAGAAUGAAGGAUCUAGUGGGGAGCUACAUGGAUCAGCUUUCCACUGCAGAUUUUCAUAGUAAUGGAGCUCUGGAACAUCUGCUUCCUCUUCUGGAGAAUACUUUCACUGAAUUCAAAAGCCACGAGCAUAUUGAGAACCAGUAUAUCAUGGAACGGCUCAAGCAAAGGCUCAAACUGGUCAAUGUCACCAGCCAGUCUGUUUGUAACUGCCAUGGGGACAGUCAACUAGUUGAGAUACUCAAUUUAUUGCGUGAUGGGUACACAUGCACCAGCAAAUCACUAUCCGAGAGAAUCAAUUUUGGCUCUCAGCUCCAAAAGCUGUCUGAAUUCACCGAACAAUUCAUUCCUCACAUGAAGGAGGAAGAAGAAAUUUUCCAGCCUCUACUUAUGAAAUACUUUGCCUAUGAAGAACUGCGAUUGCUCAAGGAACAGGUUAUCCAGCAGCAUGAAAUCUGGAAGGAGAAACUGCUGGCCCAGAAGGAAACGGCCGAGAAUAUGCUCGCUCUCCUCAACACGGUCGCUUCUGAGGUUUCCGAAUAUCGUUCUUCUGGUGACGACGAAGAAUACCAAGAGACUUUGCAAACGCUAGUCGAAUUGACUUGUGAAAAUCUUUCCAACAAAAAGAUUGGACAUGAAACAAUUCUAGCUAGUUUCGAUGAUCUUCCUGAGGAAAUGAUUCUACACAUUUUUUCCUAUUUGAAUCCAGCUGACCGGAUCCGCUGCGCUCAAGUAAACAAGCACUGGAACAUGCUGAUAUACUCUCCCCAAUUAUGGAAGACUAUUUACCCCACUAAUUGGGCCAAAGGCUUUUAUGACUUUCAAUACCGUGAUCCGUACACCUUGGUAGAAUCCGAAUGGAAAACAAAGUCUUUGCUCGACGACGAUGAUGACAUAUCUACCGCAGAAGAGGUUUUGUCAUCGCAAGCGCAAAAGGAAAUACAGUGCUACGAAAAGUUCGUUAUGAAUGCCUUAGUUCGUAUUGGAGAAGGUGUACACCGUCUGGUAGUUGCAGGUGGUCUCAAUUUAAGCAGCACCAUCUUGCACUCCAUGCUCGUACUGUGUCCUAAUAUCCAACACCUGGAUGCCAGUUACACGAACAUUACCGACUUAUCUUUUAAAGGAUUGUCGUUGAAGAAAGCUUGCAUCUAUUUGGAACAUUUGGAUCUGACUGGUUGUCGUUUCAUUACCGAUGUUGGUCUCGAACGCCUCGGCAAUUGUUUCAAAUCGCCAUUGGCUCGUAGUUUUCCUAGUUCUAAAUGCGGAUCAUGUUGUCAGUCAUGUAAGAAUUGUCCGAAGUAUCCUGAUGUAACGCCAACGGACAAUAAUCGCUAUGGUAGCAACAACAGUUUGAUUGAAAACGACGUUUCGUCUCCUGGUCUGGUUUACCUGUGCUUAUCAGGUUGCACAUCCGUUACCGAUUUUGGGUUAGGAUCCUUGUUGGAAGUAACAGUACAGAAAGAAAGUCUGCGUUUUAUGGACCUCAGUGGUUGCUCAUUGCUGUCGGGACGUGGCCUUAAAUCUAUUGUAGAACAAUCGUCUCGUCUGCAGCCGGAAGAUCUUUACUAUUGCAACCGAAUUCAAGAAGGCCCAUAUCCACAGGAAGCAAAUGGAUGCCAAAAUUUGGAAUGUCCUCUCAGAGGCUGUUGCUGCUUUGAUCAGUAAAGUGCCGUCUUUCGCACGCUUCAUCCUAAUUGUUUUGUUUGGUUGUGGAUAUUAUUCCUAAAAUAAGUUUUUUGGGGUAUGUCGUUUUUUCUUGAUUCAAAUUCUGAUAAUGCGCAUUGGGAAUGCGCAUGCUUGUUGUGUUGAAAGUUACGAUUCUAUGAUUUCCUUUCUUUCUCUGGCCAAACAUGGGUAAGCACGAAAUCUACUACGUGGAUGGAAUACAAUAAUUUAUC